AAUAUUUAAUUGUGGCUAUGUAACGGACACAAACCCCUUCUCUCUCUCUCUCUCUCUGCAAUCUCUUCCUUUCUCUCCCUCUUUCCCAAUUCCAGAUACUGAAUUCAAGAGAGAAGAGAAAGAGGUUGAGACACAGAGAAAAUCCCAAUACCCAUAUCAUCAUCAUCAUUAUCAUAAUCGUAAUCAAUCUUUAAGCAUAAGCAUCAUCAACACACAUCUCAAAUCUGUCAAUUUUAAUAUGACAAAGGCAAAUCUAUAGCCCCAUUAAAGGAAUUUGGAUUUGGGAAAAUUGGCUCUGCAGGAUUUGAUAAAUUUUCUCUCCAUUUUUUCCUAAAAUGGAGGGAUUAUCUUCUGAAAAUAUUCAUGGGCUUGUUUUGGCUAUCUCCUCCAGCAUUUUCAUUGGGUCUAGCUUUAUUAUCAAGAAGAAAGGUCUUAAAAAAUCUGGGGAAACUGGAACCAGAGCAAGUUCAGGAGGACACUCAUACUUGCGGGAACCUUUGUGGUGGGCUGGGUUUAUAAGCAUGAUUAUCGGGGAGAUAGCUAAUUUUGCUGCUUAUGCAUUUGCUCCCGCAAUUCUCGUAACUCCUUUGGGAGCUUUAAGUAUUAUCGUCAGUGCACUGCUAGCCCAUUUCAUUUUGGAGGAGAAUUUGCACAUCUUCGGUAUGGUUGGAUGUGUUCUCUGUUUAGUGGGCUCUACCACUAUUGUUUUACAUGCUCCUCAGGAGAGAGAAAUAAAUUCUGUUAAGGAAGUGUGGCACCUAGCCACCGAGCCAGGUUUCCUUGUCUACGCUGGCAUAGUUUUUGUUGUCGUUCUUGUCCUCAUUUUCCUAUAUGUGCCACGUUAUGGGCGAACCCAUAUGAUCGUUUACAUUGGAAUUUGCUCGCUUACAGGCUCUCUUAUGGUUAUGACUGUGAAAGCUGUGGGAAUUGCUUUGAAGCUCUCAUUUUCAGGAUCAAACCAAUUUAUCUACUUCGAAACAUGGUUUUUCACUUUAUUUCUGAUUGUUUGUGGUAUUUCGCAGGUGAACUAUUUGAACAAGGCACUAGAUACAUUUAAUACUGCUGUUGUUUCUCCUGUCUACUAUGUCAUGUUCACAACCCUCACCAUCAUAGCCAGCAUGAUCAUGUUUAAGGAAUGGGACGCUCAAAAUGCAACACAGAUAGCAACUGAACUAUGCGGUUUUUUGACUAUUCUCUGUGGGACAUUUCUUCUUCACAAAACCAAGGAUAUGGGAGGAGGAAGUCCAAGUCAAAUAGCCAUGGCAAGCCCUGUAUUUCACACAGUUCCGAGUGUGAACAUGAACGGGGAUGCAGACUCGAAUUCAAGACCUACGCAAAUUUGAAAUGUUUAAACAAUGAUGUUGACAUAUCGUUGUCUUAGAAAGGGGAAAAUUUGAAAAUCUAAAGAAGCUCGUCACAAUGUAAGAGGAGAAACCGUGUUCUCGACGAUACAAGUUGGGUCAAAAUGUAAAAAAGAAAGAGAAAAUCAUUUCAUGGAUUCUGAUAAGUAUAGGGAUAUGAUUUGUGUUGAAAAUGUACGUUCUGUUGUCUCACUUAGCAAUGGGUUUUUUAAUUUUUUGGUCUUUUCGUUAAUACAUUUUAUAGUGUGAAUAUCUUGGAAAUUGAUCAGUAAAUGUUAUGGGGGGAUUUCUUUUGAAAGAAACUACGGAUGUGAAUGAAGAAAUCUAUACAAGUAUUCUAUGUAAGUUGGAAGGGAAAGUUGGCAUCUUUAACAAUCUUGUUCAAUCAACCU